AAAAUUUAAAACAAAAAAAAAUAUAUAGAAAUGGCUUAUAUAAAUGUUAAUAAUGAUUGGAAAUGUGAGCAAGUUAUAGAAUGGAUAAAAGGAAUAGAAUGUGUAAACAAGUUCUACAUCAAAUCAUUCUUUAAUAAUCAGAUAGAUGGACAGCAAUUAUUAAAAAUAUCAUAUUCCGAAUUAACAGAACUGGGAAUCGUUAAAAUUGGACAUCAAGAGAUUAUUUUAGAAUCAAUAGAUCAUUUAAAGAAUUUUCACUUUAAUUUGGAUAGAGAAAACUUACAGUAUCUGGCGUUACAAGUGGCUACAGUAAGUACAUCACUAAAUAAACAACUUUCUUAUCAGCCAGAGUCAAAACUAGACGCUAAUAUCCUAAGUGAAGUUGCAAGAACAAUAGCGAAACUUAAGGUUUUAAUAUCGUGGCUUGAUAGAUAUCCUUUUCAAGGUCAAACACAGUAUAAUGAAAUUCGGACACAACUGUUGCGAUUGGGUUUGGAACUUGCAACCGUCGCUCAAAGAGAUCGUUUUGUCCAAAAUCCUAUAAAGCAAAUAACCAAUCUAACGGAAAAACUUUAUAAGCUCAGUGAUUACAUCAUUCAAGAUAUUUCUGAUCCGAUGCUUUUACAGCCAUCUUAUUUAGAAUUGAUUACUUUAAAAAAGAAGGAGUCAGAACUUGGGUUUUAUAUAAUGCCAAGUCAUCAGUUUAUCCAUAGAAUAACAGAUGUCAAAUUUAGUUCACCGGUUCACAGCUCGGGAAAAGUUGAAGACGGAGACGAAAUCGUUCAAAUCAACUAUCAAACAGUCGUUGGAUGGCAAUUUAAAAAAGUUCUUGUUCAAUUACAAGAUUCACCAACGGAUGUGCUGCUUACAUUGAAAAAGCGUCCCAGACACAGUAAUCGUAUUUAUGGACAGCUUGGUCUUAUAAAGUUACCAAGUAAAAAAAGAACUAUUCCAUUUCUGAGUCCUAGAAUUGAGCAGAUCACAAUAAGCCCUCGCAUAGAAAUCAUUCAAGAAUUUCUUCCACAAAAACCAUUACCGAAGAAAGAAUCAGAUACUGAAUCAAGCGAGAACGAAAGUGAAAUUUUAACUCCGACUGAAACAAAGCCUUUAGAAAAGGAGUUAAGACUAUACCUGCCCAAACCAAGAGCCGUUUUGCAAAGGCGUCAUACAAUCUGUGGUAAUGAUCUAGUUAACUAUAAAAAUAUUGGGAACAUCGUUUUAUGGCACGAAAGGAAACACAACAAAGACGAAUUAGGUACUGGAAAUUUGAGAGACAAAUCUGUAUCUGUUUCAUUUGGACUGAAUUCAAGACCUGCAACAAGUUUGGGUCUUUUGAAUGAUUCAAAUAACAUUGAUUAUUUUAAAAAGUCGUCUGCAAAUUUUUUUAUUAAAAAGCCAAUUAAUACUGACACUAUUCAUGAACAUGACGGAGAAUAUGACGAUGAAAUGUCAAUCUUGAAAUCUGGAGUGAGCAAAGUUGUUCGUUUUGAUUCAACGCAACAUCAAAUUCAACAAGAUUCAGAGUACACGUGUAAAAUACAGGAGACUAUAAUAGAAUCAUUUACCCCUAUUCCUUAUGCUGAUGACGAUAAUAUAAUCGAUCAAAAGAAUAAUAUCAAUCAAGUAAUAAAAAAACUUGAAAAUAAAGAUCAGAAUGUGAUAACAGUUAAUAGAAUAUCUCAAACUGCAAAUAAUCAAAAUUUAGUAGAAGCUAUCAACGAUAUUAUCAUUAACAGAGAAAUGGUAAAGCGAGGAAAAUUGGAUAAAAGCUUUAGUACUCCAACUUAUAACAAUGAAUCAGAAUCACUGGUGCCGAACUUUGACAUCCCACCUAGAAGACAGCAGAGUGUUAUACCGCCAGUUCCUCCAAGAAAACAAUUUUUGAAUACCAAAAAUGUGAAGAAUUCUAGUACAAUAGUAUCCAAAUCACCUGAAAGUAUCUCAACCAUAAAUGAGCAUAAAAAUAAAAAGAGCUUUGAUUCAACGAAUGUUCAAUCAAUAAAUUCACCAUUAAAUAAUGAAAUGGAACAAGAACUAUCAAAAAAGCAAGUCCUUGAAAUUUCGGAACUAAUAAUGCCUAGUAAAAUCAAAACGUUAACAAACAAAAAGAAAAACUUAUUAAUGGCAAAGCGAAGAAAAUUGUCAUUAAAAUCAUUAGGGAACAAUUCAGCAACAAUCCAGGGACAUUUGUAUCGUAGAGCAAAAGAUAAAAGCGAGGUUGCAUACUGGACAAAAUUAUAUUUUAUUCUUAUGGAUAUAGCUUUAUAUGGAUUUAAAAGUAAAGAAUCUUCAAAAGCAGACUGUGCGAUAUUUUUAAAUGGAUUUACGGUAUCUCUAGCAAAAGAAGUGCAUUCCAAGGAAUUUGCAUUUAAAGUCUAUCAUCCAAAAAAGACAUUUUAUUUUGCAGCAGAAACGUCAGAAGCCAUGACACAAUGGAUAGAAUAUAUUAGAUUGGCAACACUCAAAGGUACAAUAAAUUUAGAAUGCGAACCGAAAGAAUUGUUCUCUGAGACUGAAUGCUCGGAUGAAGAGUUUUUUGAUGUUAGGCAAUUAAAUUCCUCAUUCAAUCAAUCGAACUCAUAUCAAUCCAGCAAUGAACAAACUCCACCACUUCAAAAAAGUCACUAUUUUGGAUCGCUGAAAAAAACUUUUGGUCGAUAUAAUACAAACGAAAAUACAUUUUCAACUGAGAAUAAAUUUCUUGGAUUGUUUUCGUCAAGUAAAAAUGAUAAAAAAUCAACAGAUAUAGUUCCAACAGCUCAAUUUAAAACUUAUAGAAAAGUCAUAAAUAAUGGUGGAUUACAGUUAGGAGCAACGUCGAUGAUUAAUUCUAAUAUAUCUGAUGCUUAUUUGUCAUAUGGCAUGGACAGUAAUUCACUAUUCAAUAAUAGCAAUACUAUUCAGAGUAACAGCAAUUCGUCAAGUGAAGUAAAAACUUGCACAAAUGAUUUAAAGCUGUAUGUUGAGAAAAAAACGACACCUGAAAAGAAACCAGACGAAGAAGAAAAACCAGUGCAAAAUUUUCGUAAAAACCACAAUUUUCUUCAUGCUUCAAAUCCAAACCUAUUAGACUUCAAUUUUUAUAAUACUGUUGAUUUUCAAACACUUAACACAUCAAAUUGCAAUUGGGACCAUCAGAAUCAACAAACAGGAAUGACCUUAUUAGAUUUGAUGCUGCAACAAAGAGCAGAAGAAAUGAAAGAUAUGUAUGACAAGCGUGUUGAUCAAGGUUUUGAAAGAACAGAAGAUAAAAAUAAUCCUAAAAUUAUUGAAAAACAAGUGGUAAAGACUAAUAAUAAUGAAGAUAUAAAAGUAGACAAAAAACUUUUGGAAAUACAACGUAGAUGUUUGCCAAUGCCUCCUGAUUAUGCUCAAAGCUUUAAACUGAGUGAUAAGUCAAUUUUAUAUACUCGAAGUAAAGAAGGCCAAAAACUUCGAGAUUUUGGUUAUGAAUUGAUUUCUAAUGAUGAUGACGAUAAAAAGGAUAUACAGCCAGAAGUGAAAAAUAUAGAAUCCAAGAUGUCUAUAUCGAAGAGAAAAAUAGCACCACUAUCUGGAAGUAUAAAGAAAAAAUCUGGCUUUAAUUGGAUCAUUUCUCAUGAUAAAGAUGAAAAUAAUCAAUCAACUUCUUCAAAUCCAACAGCAUUGACCAGUUCUGGAAGUUUUCGAAAACUAAGGUUGGGAUCAAAUAAACAAAACAAUUUUGAUGCUUUAAGUGAAAAAGAAUGCAUUCAAAGUGCCAAAUUAAAGAAAACUAGUAAUUUUGGUGGACAAGAAGUUCAACCAAACACAAAAAUUCUACGUAAAAACUCUGCACCAACUGGAAAUAAUUCGGUUAUGCCAUAUUUUACCAAACUUUCAUUCUCAUCAUCAAAUGAAAAAAAGCUACUAGGUUCGCCUAAGCUACAUCGUGCCAUUUUUGGAAGAAAUAAUAGUAAUGUAACUUCUUCUGCAGAUCAUGAAAUUUUCACAUCAAUUACAUUCCCGAAACAUCAAUCAGAAAGUCUACAAAAUGAAGGAGGAACCUCAUCUAAUGUUAAAAACACGUCUAGAUCAUAUCAUUCUAAAAAUUAUCCAGAUCUUUCACUUCCUCCAGUUUUUAAAGCUGAAACCUACUCUUUUUUUGAGAAUAAAUAACCACGACUUUUCAAAUGCAAUCAUAA